GCCGGGCACCGUCGACGCGCACGUUUACCAACAGUUUGAUAUGGGUCGCGGUUCUUACAGGGAUACAAUUCCUUCAGGUAGGCCGAUUGGUGGUCGUUAGUCGUGCGCGAUUGAGUGAUCGAGAGAGAGAGAGAGAAAGAGAGAGACAGAUCGAGGGAGAGUCAGCAGCUAGAGGAUAGAACGCUAUUACAGCAUCCAGCGAGGAGUAAUCGGUGAUCGCUGGAUCGUAUCAAACGAGGGCUGCCACACCACGCGACACGCCACGCGCCACUCACGCGCCUUUGCCUUCUUUUCCAUCUUGCUGCCAAACGAAGAAAAAAAAAAAAGGAAAAAAUAGAGUGUCUCUCCCUCGAGAGACUUGGCUUCGUUUCGUAGGCGUGUUUCCAUUCGCUCGUUUCCUCCGCUUGUUCCUCGAUGUUGGCCCCCCAUCGGCACCAUCGGUCAUCGUGGUGGCAAGACCUCGACUCGAAGAGGAAUCGUCGUGCCGACACGGGUCGCGGGUGAUCGCUUGCUUGCGUGGUAGCAGGUGAGCUGCGACCCCCGAAGGUGAGAGGGAAUUGCAGGUGAGAGGAAACCGGGCAAGCGCAUCGCGAGGCGGCACGGUUACGCACCUGGAUUUCACCGUUGUCGCUACCUCGAUGUAAAAUGCGGCCAGUGGAUGUGCGGCAGCUUCUUCGAUCCCGGAACAUUCGCGGCGGAAAGUACGGUGCACGUUACUACCGGUAGAGCGAGAGACGAGAAAUCGUCGUUUCGUCGUAGCUAGCAAGUGGAAGCCGAGCGAGCGGGAUCGUGCGAUCAAUCGGGUCCUCGAUGUCGUUCUUACCUGUCCACCUGGCCUCGUCGUUCGGAGCAGCGACGUCUACGUUGUCACCAGCGCGACUACUCCGGAUAUCUCUUCCCCGCGACAAAUCUUCCAGCGAGAAGACAGUGGUUUCGAUCGCGCGGAUGGUCCUCGUGCCAGGCUGCCGUUGAGACGCCACGAGGCAUCGUUCCGUGAUACGGCGUAUUCGUUCGAUCCGCGUGUCGACUGCUGCUGGACGAGAUCUCAGAAGCCGGGUAACAGCAAUGUCGUUGCACUAUCCCCAGGGAUAUCGGUAUCGUCCGGCGAGUAAGGUUGUCGGGGCAGGGAAUGGCGAACAAGGUUCUGACAGUGAUGUUGCCGAACUCAGUGACCUCGAGGACGACGAGGACGAAGAUGGGGGUGGCCAGUCGAGCAAUAGACAGAUCGUUCAACAAAACGACGACGACGACGACGAGGAGGAGGAGGAGGAGGAAGAAGAAGACGACGACGAGGACGAUGACGACGAUGACGACGACGACGACGACGACGACGACGACGACGAUGACCAAGAGGACGAAGAGGAAGAUGAGAACGAGGAAGACGGGAUGGACGAUGUGGACGGUGACGAGCUACCCUAUCCUGGUUUCGUGCCGGUUGCACUGCGAUACCUCGACCAGACUACACGACCGCGCAACUGGUGUCUGGCGCUCAUCACUAAUCCGUGGUUCGAGAGAGUCAGCAUGAUGGUUAUUCUUUUAAACUGCAUUACAUUGGGGAUGUACCAACCGUGCGUCGACGAUCAGUGUGUAACUAAUCGCUGUAAAAUAUUACAAAUGUUCGACGACAUCAUUUUCGCCUUCUUCUCCCUGGAGAUGACAAUCAAAAUGGUCGCGAUGGGCAUUUACGGCAAAGGGACGUACCUCGCCGACUCCUGGAAUAGAUUGGACUUCUUUAUAGUUGCGGCUGGCGCUUUGGAAUAUUGUUUGAACGUGGAGAACAUGAAUUUAUCGGCGAUAAGGACGAUAAGAGUCCUGAGACCCCUACGUGCCAUCAACAGAAUUCCAAGUAUGCGGAUACUGGUGAUGCUUUUGCUCGACACUCUGCCCAUGCUGGGCAACGUGCUGCUGCUGUGCUUCUUCGUCUUCUUUAUAUUCGGCAUCGUCGGCGUCCAACUGUGGGAGGGCAUCCUGCGUCAACGUUGCUUCCUGAAGGCUCUACCAAACGUCAAAUAUCCCGAGUUACUCUCGGACGAGUACUCGGUUCGAUCACGCAUUUACGACCUUGAGAAGUACUUCGAAUAUCAGGGUCAGGACUACAUUUGCUCGCGUCCCGAUGACAACGGAAUGCACUCUUGCAGCAACCUGCCGCCGCUCAAGUUCGGGAACUUGGUUUGCAACAGCACCGCCUUGCCGAACAAUAAUACAACGUUCAUCACCAACGACACCUGCGUUAAUUGGAAUUACUACUACACGGAGUGCAAGGGUCAGGGUAACAAUCCUUUCCAAGGAACGAUAUCGUUCGAUAAUAUCGGUCUUGCCUGGGUCGCAAUAUUUCUUGUGAUCAGUCUGGAGGGAUGGACAGACAUAAUGUACUACGUGCAAGAUGCUCACUCUUUCUGGGACUGGAUAUACUUCGUCCUUUUGAUCGUGAUUGGUUCGUUCUUCAUGAUUAAUCUCUGCUUGGUCGUGAUAGCGACGCAAUUCUCCGAGACGAAGAAACGGGAGAUGGAGAGGAUGCGGCUGGAGCGUGCACGUUUUCAUUCCACAUCGACCCUCGCGUCGUCGACAAAUACUUCAGAGCCGACUACAUGCUACGCAGAAAUUGUUAAAUAUAUCGCACACCUGUGGCGAAGGGGCAAGAGGAGGCUAAUGAAGAGGUACCGAGUGUAUUUGUACAAAAGGCAGCAGAAACGUGAGCAGAAUUUACUCAAGGAACAGCAACAACACGGACAUCCAUUUCGAGGAGGUGCGCCCGGCCCUGAUCCGAAUAGAUUACCCGGAGAUAGGAGAAUCCAUCACGGUAGAUGUCCCCGAUUGUUGGCGGCUUUGGAGUACGCGGAACAGCAGCAACAGCAGCAGCAACAACAACAGCAACAGGGCAUCGGCAGCGGCGGAGGAUCGCUCACUGAUUUCCCAGCGAACAGCCCUCCGACGCAGGCUGCGAUCCUCGCCACCGCCAUUAACAACAACGGCGGCAGCAACGGGAACUUGGCGAUCGCGCCACGCGCCAGUCCUGAAAUGUCGGAAGCGGACGUUUCGUCGAACGUGUGCCACGUGGGACUUCACAGGACAUCGUCCGUGUCCUGCAACGGGAGCGACAACGUUCUCUCGAACGCGACCGAGGCGAGCAUUCAGACGAACAACGCGCUGCUAAGUCCGCCUUGCACGAACUAUCGUAGAAGGAGCAGCGUGAUGUUCAGCGACGUGGUGUUGCUGCACGGCAGCAACAGCGUCGGGAACGCGUUGCAGGCUGGCACGGCGAUGUCGCCCGGCGAACGGAACGUGUGCUCCAGCGAAAAAAUGACGCAGACCGGUGACGGGAUUGUUUGGUCGAGUCCACUGCCAGACCACAUACAGAUGCAGGCCGAUUUGGGGGGAAACGAAGCCAUGACUUGUCAAGAAUUGCUGGCGUUAAGCGGCGCUUUAAGCGCCGCGCUACCAACCGGACAGCUAGCCUUGGAUUCUUUUCUCAACUCCCUUACCAAAGGAAUCACGGAUCGACAUAUUACCCUGGAGGAUCGUACGCAGUGGUUAGCGUCGGACAUUGAUAAUUGCUCGUGUUGCUGCGAGCUGCAGGCCACUGAUCAGUGGCCAGACGAAGGUGACAAAUGGGCGAAGAGUUCUCGGACGAGGCGAGUGCUUCGAACAUGCGGGAACCGGUGUGUCUGCGCGAUACGCUGCGUAAGACGGUCGAUCAAGAAGCUGGUCGAGCACAAAUAUUUUCAACAGGGUAUCCUAUUGGCGAUUUUGAUCAAUACGCUGAGCAUGGGGAUAGAGUAUCAUAACCAGCCAGAGCAAUUGACCAUAGUGGUCGAGAUAAGCAAUAUCGUAUUCUCGGCCGUCUUUGCUGUGGAGAUGUUGCUCAAGAUCAUCGCCGAAGGACCGUUUGGUUACAUAAGCAACGGAUUCAACGUUUUCGACGGGGUCGUCGUGGUUCUCAGCGUGGUGGAGAUUUGUCAGGCGUUCGUGGAGGAGAGGAGCGGAAGUUCCGGGCUGAGCGUGUUGAGGACCUUCCGGCUACUGAGAAUCCUGAAGCUCGUGCGUUUCCUACCGAACCUCCGGCGACAGCUGUUCGUGAUGCUGCGCACCAUGGAUAACGUUGCCGUAUUCUUUUCCCUUUUAGUACUUUUCAUCUUUAUAUUCAGCAUCCUAGGGAUGUACCUGUUCGGGGGUAAGUUUUGCAUGUGGGCGGACCGGAGUCGGCCCUGCACCUGUGCCGAGGUUGUCUCGCGGCACCCAAUGUGUCGCUGUGAUCGCAAACAUUUCAACGACAUCGUCUGGGCACUUGUCACGGUCUUUCAGAUCCUGACCCAGGAAGAUUGGAACGUCGUAUUGUUCAACGGCAUGCAGAAAACGUCUCACUGGGCAGCCCUUUAUUUCGUCGCGCUGAUGACCUUCGGGAAUUAUGUCCUCUUCAAUCUGCUGGUCGCCAUUCUCGUCGAAGGAUUCUCCUCGGAGAGGAACGAGAGGAGGGAACGCGAACAGAGAGAAAUGGCGAGGCUCGCCGCGAAAGAGGCUGGGAUGGGCAGCGACGACGGUUCAUCGAGAAUAUCGAGAUCACAUUCGAUCACUGACAGCGACACUUACACGCAGGAUCGAAAGAAUUCGUGGCAGAGCGCGGAGGAGUUACGCAAGUACAAAGACAACAACAGCAGGGAGAAGCAGAACACCGUGUGGAGGCAUCAGAUGGACGAGCCGAAGUGCAACAUUCAAAAGGAGAACAAGAUGAUGGGCGCAGCUGGACAGCCACCGAUAAUUACCCACACGGCAGCCACCCCUCAGGAUUCACCCAACACCACCCUCGACGUCGGCUACAGAGAUUUAAAUUGUCGGGCUGUUUAUCCUACCGCCGCCUUGUCCAUCGAGUCAAUUGAUCGAUCCGGCAGCCAGUGUAGUAUUCCUUCCGGCCUGUUGAAGCUACCAGACGUUUCAAACAGAAUACCAACUAAAAAUCUCAUUGCCGGCCAGUUCCCUCGACGAAUAAGCCUCGUCACAGCUGUCGUUAAUCCAUCGACGAGAGAGUCAUCGAGUUCAAGUCCACCAAGGAUACAAAGGGGUUACUCGUGGAAAUUAUCGCGGCCAUCGCUGAGGAGGAAACGCUGGUCGCAAACGGAAGACGAUCCCCCUGGUAGAGCCACUGUCCUAAAUAACGGUCGGAGCACUCUACUUGGUUCCAAUCCAACCUUCAACGGCGGCUAUUUACACGGUUCGAUAAGAAACGACACGCAAAGCGACACGCCGAAUAAUCGAACGACCGUCCUAGCAAGCAAUAAUCGUAGCCUCAGCCCUAAUAAUUCCAUCGGGAGCCGUAGCUCCUCUAUACGACGUUACACAGCAACGCCUAAUCAGAUGCGAUGGAUUAGCGAUCUUUCGCGAAGGAACUCGUUACGCGGGAACGAGAACGUUCAGUCGCCGACGAGGAAAACCUUGCCCCUAGACGAGAUGCCUAUGCAAUGCUCAGCGGCACGUACAAUCAAUAACUUGUCGAUGGAGACUGGUCCACUGCCCAGAAUUAAACGACUUCCCGAUCCGGACGAUGACAAUCCCCGUACAGACGAACAGACGCCACCCUUGAAUGGCCAUGGUAGUGCAAGCAGCAUCGAGAGAAUUAAAAAAAUAUUCAUGUUUUUUGAACCUAAAGGAUGCCUUAAGGAACGUGACGAUUACUCGCUUUACCUUUUUCCACUGAAUAACAGAUUCCGCGUUUUAUGCCGAUGGUUAGUCGAUCAGAAAUGGUUCGAUAACGUGGUUCUCUUUUUCAUCGGUCUCAAUUGUAUUACACUGGCAAUGGAACGGCCAAACAUACCACCGGACAGUGGAGAAAGACUUUUUCUAUCCACUGCGAAUUACAUUUUUACCGCGGUGUUUGCUGUUGAAAUGUUCAUCAAGGUUGUUGCAUCUGGUAUGCUGUACGGCUCCGACGCUUAUUUUACUUCAGGCUGGAACGUUAUGGACGGAGUUCUUGUGAUCAUUUCCAUAAUCGACUUGUCAAUGUCCCUAUUGUCGUCGAGUAGUCCAAGGAUAUUUGGAAUACUGAGGGUUUUUAGACUUUUAAGGUCGCUAAGACCGUUGCGAGUUAUUAACCGAGCUCCUGGUUUGAAGCUGGUUGUUCAGACAUUGUUAUCCUCUUUACGACCUAUCGGCAACAUCGUUUUGAUAUGCUGUACUUUUUUCGUAAUCUUCGGUAUCUUGGGCGUGCAGCUCUUCAAGGGUGCCUUUUAUUAUUGCGAGGGGCCUGAUAUUAAAAACGUGCGCAAUAAGACGGACUGCCUGGAGGACAAACGGAACGUAUGGCUGAACAGGAAGUACAAUUUCGACGAUCUCGGCAAAGCGCUGAUGUCGCUGUUCGUGUUGUCGUCGAGAGACGGAUGGGUGAACAUCAUGUACACGGGGCUCGACGCUGUGGGCGUCGAUCAACAGCCGAUCGAAAAUUACUCGGAGUGGCGGCUGCUCUACUUCAUAGCAUUCAUUCUGCUGGUGGGCUUCUUCGUCCUGAACAUGUUCGUGGGGGUUGUGGUGGAAAAUUUUCACAGGUGUCGCGAGGAACAGGAGAAGGAGGAACGCGUGAGACGAGCUGCGAAACGAGCCCUCCAAAUGGAGAAGAAACGACGAAAGAUGCACGAGCCGCCCUACUAUACAAACUACUCGAAAUCCAGGCUGUUCGUUCACAACGUUGUGACGUCCAAGUAUUUCGACCUAGCAAUCGCUGCGGUAAUCGGCCUGAAUGUUGUCACCAUGGCAAUGGAGUUUUACAUGAUGCCAAAGGCGCUGACCUACGCCCUAAAGAUAUUCAAUUAUUUCUUCACCGCGGUCUUCAUCCUCGAAUCUUUCAUGAAACUUCUCGCCCUGGGUCUACAUCUUUACCUCAAGGACAAAUGGAAUCAGUUAGACGUCGGGAUCGUGAUACUGUCGGUGGUUGGUAUAGUCCUCGAAGAGGUCGAGUCGAAGAUCAUUCCGAUCAAUCCUACGAUAAUUCGGGUAAUGAGAGUUCUGCGAAUCGCUAGAGUCCUGAAGCUGUUGAAAAUGGCGAAAGGGAUACGAGCCCUGUUGGACACGGUAAUGCAGGCGUUACCGCAGGUCGGGAACCUGGGACUACUAUUUUUUCUGCUCUUUUUCAUCUUCGCAGCCCUCGGCGUAGAGCUGUUCGGCCGUUUAGAAUGUAGCGACGAAAUGCCUUGCCAAGGUCUCGGGGAGCACGCCCACUUCAGUAAUUUCGGAAUGGCGUUUCUCACGCUUUUUCGAGUAGCCACCGGCGACAAUUGGAACGGCAUCAUGAAGGACACUCUGAGGGACGACUGCGACGAAGCGGCCGACUGUGUGAAGAAUUGUUGCGUGAGCACCAUCAUAGCCCCGAUAUUUUUUGUAAUUUUCGUGCUGAUGGCGCAAUUCGUUCUCGUAAACGUCGUCGUCGCCGUGCUCAUGAAACACCUCGAGGAAAGCCACAAACAGAUGGAAGACGAGCUUGACAUGGAAACUCAGCUGGAGAGAGAAUUGGCCGCGGAGCAGGAGGAGCUGCUAGAGGUCGAGGAAGAAGAGGAAGAGGAGGAGAUAGUGAAACGGAAGAGGGACGACGACGGUGGCGGCGUGGAGGAGGACGACGACGUUAGAGAACGCGAGUCUAUCUUGGUGACGAACGAGAAGAUCCCAGCUAGCAGACCUGGUCUCGCUAAAGUUCGUUCCUUGCCAGCGAAUUUUAUUUACAAUCCACCACGAGAGAGAAACGCAGACGAUGGAACGAUUCCCGUGUCGCUGUCGCGGCGCAGCUCGUAUCAUCGUUCCAGUACAAGACCGUCCAAGUUCAAAUCGAAGCGUCGACAGACGUUUCACUCGGGGCAUCACCAGAGGAGGUCCUUACUGCCGAUGCAUUUCGAAGUCGCCGAAGUAUUCGAGAAACCUGUGAGCAACCUGAGCGUGCCACGAAUCAUCCCCCAGCGCAGCUACGGCGCAGCAACCAGCCGCGACACCAUACACGCGCAGCGUCUAAGGUUACAGGCGAGCAGCGACGGUCAGGAGAACAAGUCACUGUUGACCGUGAGCAAGCCGCCGGCGAGUUCGUCGCCGGUUUCACCGGCCAACUCGGUGACCGGCCUGGCCAGUCCCCGACAGAUCAGCGAGCGUUACCUUCUGCCAACGGCCACUAUUUACCCGUCCAAGGCAACGUUGUGCCGGAGGCCGUCGUCGAGCGACACGCAGUCGGACGUGACCGCCUCGAGAACAACGGGCAGCAGCGUGGCGAACAACGGUCGCGUCGCCUCGAGGCUGAUGGACGAUCGACGACGGGUAUCGGCCCCGCCGGCGGACGAUCUCGACGUGCAGUCGAUCAUUAACGAAAGGAGGCCGUCCAAGCUGAAGAGCGGUUUGGGCGAGCAUGCUGCUCGAUCGGAGGACGUGUCGCCGAUGUCGACGGGGAACACGAGCGACAGCAUGAUCGGCGGCAGCGCGAGCGGAAGCAGCGCGAGCGGCAGCGGAAGCAGAAACGGCAGCGCGGUGGUGCACGUGCCGGAGAUUACGGUCAUCGGCCCGGACGUUCGUAUAUACGUGGACGACACCGACUCGACGACGAGCAGCAACAAUCGUCAAAGGGGCAGGAGAUCGAGAAACGAGGUGAAAAUGGAGAUGGAGGAGGAGGAGGACGCGUCGACGAGCGGCUCGUCGGUGACCGCGGUGCCCGACGCGAACGAGGAAACGGAGAGGUCCGGCGGACCUUCUGAUCCUUCUUAAAAUCUUGAGAGAGAGAGAGAGAGAGAGAGAUCUCUAUGCAACUGUUAGCCGACCAUGGUAUCCACGGCAAAGUACCAUGGAGGGUGCUACGAGGGUUCAACACGUUGGGCUCUAAGAAAGACUGUAGUGCAUGACAAUAUAGUCGUUAUAUUCUAGUAACUUUGCCGCCGUGAGCUUGCCAAACGUAUAGGGGGUGAAGGAGGGUUUAAGAGCGGAUCGGGUGUGGAUUUGUUUUUUUUUUUUUUUUUUCUCUUUGGUUAAGGAAA